GUAGAAACUUGCAAAAUGUAGCUGAAAUCAGAGCUGCAGCAAAAAAAUAUUUUGAAGCACCGUAUUAUCCCUUACGGAUGUGUAGUUGGUGUGGCACUAUUGGUCAUAAUAGAAAAAGUUGUCCUUUUCAUAAAGCUGAAGGAGAUAGGAUAGAUAAUGAUCAUAAAAGAGCAUUAAUAGAGG